UCUUAUGCAGGUAAAUACGUUAAAGAAAUGAAAGCUCAAAUGAAUUCAGGCUCUUUCUUUCCAAAACGUUCAACUUUGCGAGGAAAAUCUGCUGUACUCUCAUCUAAGUCGCCAAACUACACUGAAGAAGAACUACAGGAGUACCGGCAAGUUUUUUCUAUGUUUGACACGGAUGGAAGUGGAGCAAUAGGCAGAGAAGAAUUGAAGAUUGCAAUGGGAAAACUAGGACUGACUACGAAACCGGACGAACUGGAAAAUCUUAUUGCCGAGGUUGAUCAGGACGGCAACGGCGAAAUUGAUUUCGGCGAGUUCUGCAACGUGAUGCGCAAGAUAACGGCAAAGAAAGUGACUUUUGACGAAGUAGUGAAGCAAUGCUUCGAAGUGUUUGAUCAACAAAAGAAUGGCGUUAUCACAGAAGCAGAAUUUCGAGAAGUUAUGAAAAUGCUUGGAGACAUUGGUAACGAUAGAAUCAUCGAUCAUAUUUUCCAAGAAAUAGAUAUCGACGGCAACGGCGUCAUUGAUUAUGAAGAAUUUUCCAGCAUUGUUAAGCAAUACCUGCAAGAGGAAGUCUAA